AAUCCAAAGCAAAAGAAAUAUAGAAAAAAGAAACAGAGGAGUAAUUUUGAAAAAACGACACAAAAGGCUGCUUUGCUAAUUGCUAUCACUUCACUCUCUCUAUCUUUGUUUUUUCGGCUCAGUCUCUAUCUCGACGCCUACAUCGCAACGGUUCGCCGUUACAUUUCGGCGUCACCGGUUUUUCGUACGCCGGGGAUCUUUGUUAACUCAUCGGCGAUUUCUUGAUUUUUUUUUUCUUAACUCCAUUUUUGUUCCGGAGAUAAUUAUAAUAAUAAUAAUCAAUAGCUGGGUGAGUUUUUGAGAGUCAGGCAUACAAGAUGAUUGGAUCAUUUCUUACAAGAGGACUUGUGAUGAUCUUUGGCUAUGCUUAUCCUGCUUAUGAGUGCUAUAAAACUGUUGAAAAGAAUAAGCCAGAAAUUGAACAACUUAGAUUUUGGUGCCAGUAUUGGAUUUUGGUGGCUGUAUUGACAGUUUGUGAAAGAGUCGGAGAUGCUUUUAUUUCAUGGGUUCCAAUGUACAGUGAAGCUAAGCUGGCAUUUUUUAUAUACUUGUGGUACCCUAAAACUAUGGGGACUACCUAUGUGUAUGAUUCCUUCUUCAGACCAUAUGUAGCAAAGCAUGAGAAUGAAAUUGAUCGCAACUUGUUGGAACUAAGAACUAGGGCUGGCGAUAUGGCAGUUUUAUACUGGCAAAGAGCUGCAAGUUAUGGUCAGACAAGAAUUUUUGAGAUUUUGCAGUAUGUUGCGGCGCAGUCGACACCAAGGCCUCGCCCUACUCAGCCACAACAAGGUGUUAGGGCCCGACAACCUGCCACUGCCACAAACCGUCAAUCUUCUAAUACUUCCAAUCGCCAACCAGCUGUAGCUCAACCAGAGAAUGAAGAACCUCCGUCUCCCACCUCCAGUACAUCUUCCAGUCAGCACCAUACAGAUGUUGCAGAAGAAGUGCGAGAAGCUCCUGUGCCUCCUGCUGCAGCUUCAAAUGCACUUAAGGCUCCUGCAGGAGCUUCCAGUGUCCAAAAAGUAGAUGCUGGUCCGGAAACUUCCAGUCAGCCUUCAUCAACCAAAGCAGAAGUAAUGCAAAUCGAAGCAGCACCUUCAUCAACAAAUGAAAAUGAAAAUCCUCCCCCAAAAGAGACUAACAUGGAUGAGGCCAUUCGGGUUACACGUGCCAGAUUGAGGAAAAGCCGAUCUGGACCAAAGAGUUAAAGGACCAAUUUCGAUCUUUUCCCAAUUUUAGUUUACAAAACUAGCAGUUAAUCAUUAGGUGCAUGGUGAUGGGUCCUGGAUCAUUGGUGUUGACGUUGAUGUAAAUUUGUCGUCUUCUGUUUUCUUAUUCCAUUUGUUGCUUUAUUUUUUGAACAUGAAUUGUCAGGUUAAGGGUCUUGGGUUGAUAGGAGAUAAUUGAUCCAACUUUAGAAAUGAUAAAAGUAAAGAUACUGUUCUUAA